AUGAGUUCACAUCAGCAGAAGCAGCCCUGCACAGCUCCUCCUCAGCUGCAUGAGCAGCAAGUGAAACAGCCUUGCCAGCCACCACCUCAGGAGCCAUGUGUUUCACAAAUCAAGGAGCCCUGUGACACCAAGAUUCCUAAGCCCUGCAACAUCAAGGUUCCUGAGCCCUGUGACACAAAGGUUCCUGAGCCCUGCAACCCUAAGGCUCCUGAGCCCUGCCACCCCAAGGUUCCUGAGCCCUGCCACCCCAAGGUUCCUGAGCCCUGCCACCCCAAGGUUCCUGAGCCCUGCCACCCCAAGGUUCCUGAGCCCUGCCACCCCAAGGUUCCUGAGCCCUGCCAUCCCAAGGUUCCUGAGCCCUGUCCCUCAACUAUCACUCCAAUACUAGCCCAACAGAAGACAAAGCAAAAGUAA